AUGAACUUCUCCAUCAUCGUCGCUACCCUUAUCGCCGCCGUCGCUGCUCAGGCCAGCGACGACACCUGCUCCGCUCCCAUCACUGUCACCGUUACGGAAACCCUCUCCUACGGCAUCCGCACCCCCAGCGCCCCGGCCUCGCUCGCUGUUACCGCUCCGGCACCCUACCCCACCGGCAGCGCCGCCCUGCCUCCCGUCGUCCCCACCAGCGCUGCGUCGACGCCCCUCCCUUCCGUGGCUUCGUACGGCACGGCUUCGCCUUCCGGUACCGGUGCGUACAGCGCGCCUGUCAGUGAGUUCACUGGCGCUGCUGCCAACUUGAAGGUUGGUGGUGUCGUCGCUGGUGUUGGUGCUGGUGUUGGUGCUUUUGCGGCGCUGUUCUUGUAG